AUGUCGGGCAUGGAGAGACUGCAAAGAAUGUUUGCAGGUGCAGGAGGCGCGUUGGGCCAUCCACCACCAGAUUCUCCCACUCUUGAUUCCUCCGAGCAGGUCUACAUCUCCUCUCUCGCCCUCCUUAAAAUGCUUAAACACGGGAGAGCUGGGGUACCGAUGGAAGUGAUGGGUUUGAUGCUUGGAGAGUUUGUGGAUGAAUAUACUGUUCGUGUUGUGGAUGUAUUCGCAAUGCCACAAAGUGGUACUGGUGUGAGUGUUGAAGCUGUCGAUCACGUCUUCCAGACUAAUAUGCUUGACAUGCUUAAACAGACUGGAAGACCGGAGAUGGUUGUGGGGUGGUACCAUUCACAUCCUGGAUUUGGCUGUUGGCUCUCUGGUGUUGAUAUAAAUACCCAGCAGAGUUUUGAGGCUCUGAAUCAACGUGCUGUGGCAGUCGUGGUGGAUCCAAUCCAGAGUGUUAAAGGAAAGGUGGUAAUUGAUGCCUUUCGUUUGAUCAACCCACAAACGAUGAUGCUUGGCCAAGAACCACGACAGACAACUUCUAAUCUGGGGCAUCUGAAUAAGCCAUCCAUUCAAGCAUUGAUCCAUGGAUUGAACAGACAUUAUUACUCAAUAGCCAUUAAUUACAGAAAGAAUGAACUCGAGGAAAAGAUGCUUCUUAACCUGCACAAGAAGAAAUGGACAGAUGGUUUGACACUUAAGCGGUUUGAUACUCAUUCAAAAACCAAUGAGCAGACUGUUCAGGAAAUGCUGAACUUAGCUAGUAAAUACAACAAGGCCGUGCAAGAGGAAGAUGAGCUGCCACCUGAAAAGCUGGCAAUUGCGAAUGUGGGAAGGCAAGAUGCAAAGAAACACCUUGAAGAGCAUGUCUCAAAUUUGAUGUCUUCCAACAUAGUGCAGACAUUGGGUACUAUGCUCGACACAGUUGUGUUCUAG